AUGAUAUAUACAUCUCUUGCCUUAUGCUCCUAUCUGCACCAACCAAUCUCAUACUGGUUUACUUUUCUUCGUUAUUUUCGGAGAAUGGAAACUUCUAUCCCUACAAUUAUGACUACAGUCUUAACUUCAACUGUAUCAGGAUUAGAUUUGUUUCAGUCAUCCCAUCUAUGGGCACUUAUUUUAGGAUUUGUUAUUGCAUUUAUCUUGGCAUUUGCAAUUGGUGCUAAUGAUACUGCAAAUGCCUUUGGAACAUCUGUGGGAGCUAAAGUUUUAACACUUUUUCAAGCUUAUAUAUUAGCAUCAAUUUUUGAAUCACUUGGUGCGGUACUUCUUGGAUAUAAAGUAACUGAUACAAUGAGAAAAGGUGUAGUUGAUUUGGAAGUUUAUGAAGGAAAACCAACAGAGUUGAUGUUGGGACAACUUGGUGUUUUGACUGGUUGUGGUGCUUGGAUACUUGUAGCAACAUUCUUCAAACUUCCUGUUUCAACAACUCAUUCAAUCGUAGGCUCAACAAUUGGUUUUUCACUUGUCCUACGUGGUACUGUUGGAAUAAAAUGGUUAAAAAUGGGAAAAAUUAUUUCAUCCUGGUUUAUUUCUCCAUUUCUUUCUGGUAUUGUUUCUCUUGUUUUGUUUCUUGCUAUCAAAUAUGUUGUUUUAAAAGGAAAAAAUUCUUUAAGAAAUGCUUUUAUUUCAUUACCAUUUCUUAAUUUUGCUACAUUAUGGUUAAAUAGCUUUGCUACAAUGUACAAGGGACCAACAUUUUUUGGAAUUGAUCAAAUGUCAGCAACUAGUGUUAUUAUAUAUACUUUUAUUUUUUCUGGGUCAAUAUCUCUUCUUGGUGUGUUUACAUUGACACCAUUCUUAAAAAACAAAAUUGAUGCUUUAAAAAAUCAAUCUAAUAAGACAGAUGAGAAAAUACUAUCUAAUUGUAGUGAAAAUACGAAAUUUAUUGAUAGCAAUUUAACUUCAAAUAAAAACAUUGAAAAUCUCGAGGGUGGAAAGUCAACUGAUAGUAUGGAAGAAUGUAAUGACUUGGAAGCUGUCAAUAAAGUAUUUUCCUAUCUUCAAGUAGUCACUGCAUGCUUUGGUGGUUUUGCUCAUGGUGGAAAUGAUGUAUCAAAUGCUAUAGCCCCUCUUGUAUCUAUUUAUGCUAUAUGGCAAGAGGCUUCUGUUGAACAAUCUUCACAAACACCAAUUUACUUAUUACUUUUUGGUGCAGUGGGUAUGUGUGUAGGUUUAUGGCUUCUGGGACAUCGUGUUAUCCAUACAGUUGGUGAGGAUAUUACAAGAAUAACUCCAGUUUCUGGCUUUGCUAUUGAAUUUGGUGCUGCAGCAACAGUAUUGUUUGCAUCAAAAUUAGGUUUACCAAUAUCAUCUACUCAGUGUAAAAUCGGGUCCGUAAUUUUUGUUGGUUUUGUACAAAAUCAUCAUUCAGUUCAUUGGAAAACGUUUGGAGGAAUUGCCUUAUCAUGGCUUGUCACUGUGCCAGUAGCCGGUAUCUUUAGUGCACUUGUUACGUAUGCCUUAAGAAUGUUUGUCAAUUAG